AUGAGCACCCAUCACCAGCUAUCUAUGGCGCUGGGGUGCCGCGAGGCGGAAUCGCGCAGCUUGCUCCACCUGGAUCGCGUACGACGGGCUUGGGGAUUCCUUCGGUACAAUUCUACGUCCCGAGAGCGCAGCACCACCAUCGCGAUCUUGUAG